GCUCAAGUUCCAUUACAUCCGUGACUUCCCUAGGAAGAAUUGUAGCACAGCCAGGGGCGGUUGAAUCCGGUCGAAGAGAUGAUCCGCGUCCUGUGUUUGUUCGCAGUCGUACAUGGCUUCUUGGCCAUGGAGACGGAGACCCGGCCGGUCACCAAAGUGGUGAACCUGCUGAAAGACAUGCAAACCAAUUUGGAAAAGGAGGCCAAAGAGGAUGAAGACACGUAUGAGAAGAUGCAGUGUUGGUGCAAAAGCAACGGAGAUGAAAAGGCCAAGAGCAUUGAAGAAGCGCAGAACCAUGUGAAAGCCUUGGAGGCUCGUGUUGAUGAGUUGACCGCCACCAGCUCGCGCUUGACUUCAGAGAUCACUCAUACUGAGGAUGAGGUGUCCAGCAACGAAAAGGCCUUGGAGGCGUCUGAGGCCUUGCGCGCCAAGCAAGUGACUGAGUUCGCCGCUGAUGAGAAAGACCUCACCCAGUCCGCGACUUCCGUGGACAAUGCUCUUGGUGUGAUUGGUACCAGCCAAUCCUCGUUUCUGCAGACCUCCAAUCGACGAGUGGCCAAUGCCCUGACACAGCUGAAGAUUGCCCUGUCAAAACAUGAUCGUUUGUUUACCAAGGCACAACGCAGCGACGUGGAAUUCUUGCAGACCUCCCUGGAAACUCCUGGAGCCGUUGAGGGCCUGCUCACCGGUCUCAAGGACAGCUUUGAAGUACAGCUGUCAGAUCUCAAAAAGCAGGAGACUGAGGACAAGAAGGCUCAUGAAGGCCUGGUCAAAGCCAAGACUGAGGAAAUUCAGGCUGGCAAGAAACAGUUGGAGGCCAAGAAGGAGCAGAAUGCAUCAGCAGACUUGGAGAAGGAGCAGAGCAAGCAAGACAUCAGAGACACCACUGCCGCCUUGGAAGCAGAUGGCGCUGUCAGUACCGAGGUCAAGGAGAAGUGUGCGGUCAUGGACACGGACUACGACAAGCGCAGCAAGUUGCGAUCUGAGGAGCAAGCUGCGGUCAGCAAGACCAUUGAGGUCUUGACUGCAGAUGAGGCGCAUGAUGUUUUCGGCAAGACCUUCUCCUUUUUGCAGGUGUCUUCCCACGACAAUCGCCAAGACCGUGCUGCAGCUGUGUUGGCUGCUGCUGGGAGGAAAUUGGAUUCCCGCCUGACCACCUUGGCCUUGACCAUGAAGUUGGAUAGCUUUGAGAAGGUGAAGAAGGCCAUUGAUGAAAUGAAGGCUGAUCUGAAGAAGCAGCAGGCUGCUGAAGUUGAGCAGAAGGAUUGGUGUGUCGAUGAGCUGCAGAAAACAAAACUGGAGACACAGGACAAGACCCACUCUGAACAGCAGAAGCUGGCAGAGCUGGAAGCCCUCCAGAGCAAGGUUGCACAACUCGGUGCCGACAUCAAGUCUCUGGAGGACGAGGUAGCCGAAAUGAACAAGCAAACGCAAGUGGCCGGCCAGAACCGCGAGAAGGAAAACAAGGAGUUCCAGGGCGUGGUCAUGGAGCAACGGCAGACCCAGAAGCUCUUGCAGGAAGCGAGUGCUUCCUUGAAGAAGUUCUACGUCAAGGCGCCUGCAUUCAUUCAAGCCAAGAAAAGCAAAGCAGGUGAGCCUGAGUUCAAGGACUACAAAGAGCAAUCCUCCAGCUUUGGUGUCAUCAGUAUGCUUCAGCAGCUCAUUGCUGAUGCAAAAGCUAUGGAAGUUGAGGCAACCCAUGCAGAGACUUCUGCUCAAGAAGAUUACGAGGCCUUUGCCAAGACAACCACUGCAUCCAUUGAGACCAAGAAGAAAGAGAUGACAACAAAAGAAGAGGAGAAGGGUGCAACUGAGGCUUCUUUGGUGGAGGCACGUCAGGCUAAGGAGGGUUUGACGACGGAGCUAGAGGAACUCGCCACGUUCACCGGGGAGUUACACAACCAGUGUGACACCCUCAUGCAACAGUUUGAUGCCAGGCAAUCAGCUCGUUCAGAUGAAAUGGAUUCCCUGGACCAAGCGAAGUCCAUGCUCUCAGGGGCCAAAGCUUAAGAUGGCUUCAGCGUCCAAAGCCUUCCUUCAGUGUCUCAUUCUGAUAAAAAGUUGCGGCUUGCCACAACGUUUGAUAGGCUUGUGCCUCAUGC